AUGGGCUCCAUCCACCCCCCCGGUUUCCAGGUAAAGGCCAUCGCCAUUGUCGGAGCCGGCCCCAGCGGCCUCGCGGCAGCCCACUAUCUCAAAGCCCAGGCCGCCUUUGACCGCAUCGCCGUCUUCGAGCAGCAGCACCAGGUCGGCGGCGUCUGGAACUACACCCCAGUCCCGCCCGGUCCCGUUCCCGUGCCCCAGACGAGCCCCUUCUUCCCACCUGAUGCUCCUGUCCACUCACCGGCCCCUGAGGCGCCGCCCGUCUUCCCGUCUCCCAUGUACGAGGAGCUCCAUGCAAAUAUCCCCAAAACCAUGAUGAGCUUUUGGGGUCAGCCUUUUCCCGCAGAGUCCUGCAUCUUUCCCUCCCGCGACGAUAUACAAGGGUACCUGCUCAGAUAUGCUCAAGACUCGGACCUUGGUCGGGAUAGAUGGCGGCUGCUCGCCCGGUCCACCGUCGACGACCGCGUCAUUGACGACGUCUUUGAUGCCGUGGUCGUCGCCAACGGACACUACUCGGUGCCCUUCGUUCCGCAUAUCCAAAACAUCGCCUCCUUCCACGAGGCGUACCCGGCCAUCAUAACCCACGCGAAGCAGUACCGGACAGCAGACGCCUUCCGGAACAAAAAAGUCAUCAUCGUCGGCAACGGACCGUCGGGCACUGACAUUGCUCUGCAAAUCAACAAAGUGUCCAAGGGAAAGACCCUCUUAUCCAUCAGGUCGCCCACGCCGCCCGAGAGACUUGCCCAUACGGCAUGUGCUGAAACGCCUGAGAUAGAUGCCUUCCUCGUGGACCGACGAGGCGUGCGUUUCAAAGAUGGCAGGGUAGAAACAGACGUCGACGCCAUCGUCUUUUGCACGGGCUACCUCUACAGCUUCCCCUUCCUCCCGGACCUACGACCCAGCCUCAUCACAAACGGCCAGGGCGUGCACGGCCUGUACAAGCACCUAUUCUACAUCCGCCACCCUACCCUGGCCUUUGCCUCCCUCCCCACCAAGUCCGUCCCAUGGCACCUGGCAGAGGCGCAAGCCGCUGCUCUUGCCGCCGUCUGGUCCAACGGCCUUGAGCUUCCUCUCCCCAAAGAGAUGCAAAGAUGGAGCAGCGACUUGCACGAGAAAAUGGGCCAAAGGCUGCAGCUCCUACGGCCGGGCGGAGACUAUCACUACAUCAACGAGCUUCAUGACUGGGUGGUCAAAGCCAAGCAUCUUGGAAAGGAGCCGCCGCGAUGGAGCGACGAGGACUUUUGGCAACGCAGCAUGAUGCUCGAGGGCAAGCGGCUAUUUGAGGUGCAGGGCUGCAAGGCCACUACCCUUGACGAGUUGGGCCUUCGAUAUGAUCCUAACCCAGAGAAGCGGGGCUAG